AGUUAGUUUUGAAGAUGACCGACAUUGUGUCGACAAUGGCUCUCGCGAGUCCGUUUCACCUGUUACCGUCUUCUCGCUAAUUUAUCGCGAUAAUAUCCUCGCCGGCGGUGUUUUAUACCGGUCUCGGCGGCACGAAUACGAGCAGGAAUACGCGCGAAUACUUCCGGUUAUGUAAUCGCUAGAGUUACACGUUACGCUAGCUCUCCUCGAGUUGGUAAUAAGUUACAUUCCGCGAUGUCGUCAGCCCGCGGCGAAAUGUAGGUUUAUGGCGGUCCGCGGAACGCGAAAAGAAAAAUCGCUUUUCCGCGAAGAGUGCCUUGGUCCCGCGAGAGAUUAAUCAUCGUGCCUCGGAGCGGGAAUACUUUGAGUGGCGACUUUCACUGCACCAUGUCCGCAUUGUUGCUAUUGUUGAUCGCGUCACUUCUGGCUCCACCGGGCAUCCACGUGGCGGCACGCGAUGUCGAUUUCUGCUUCGCAGACGAGGAUGACCCGUAUCUGUACAUGGCCACGAAGACCGCGUACCACUUCGUUCAUGGUGGCAAGACCCGAUUUCAAACCGUACCGAAUUGUCGACCGAUACAAAUCUGGAUGCUCGCGGCACAUGGCACCCGUUGUCCGACUUCGGAAGAGAUCGGCAAAAUCGUCUCUUUAACUAAUCUCAAAGAACAGAUACUUCAAAAUCAUGAAAAACGCGGCGACGGUCAUAUGUGCAAUCGAGAUCUGGAUAACCUGCGAAGAUGGCAUCCGGAUGAUUACUUGUCACCGCAACGGGCGGAGGUUUUAACACCGCAAGGGGUAGAGGAUAUGAAGCUACUGGCAAGAAGAUUACAGAGCAAUUUCCCAGAGCUGCUGCAGCCCAGUGCCAACAAUAUUACACCCGCCAAUUACAAGUUCCGUGCUACCGAAGCUCGUGAUAGUAUGAUGUCCUUCAUGGACGGAUUGUUUGGCAGCAGGGCCGCUGUACCUUUGGAAGAGAAUUCUCUUAAUGAUACCUUACUUACCGCGUACAAAACUUGCGGAGUGUGGAAAAAUGAGGAAAACGAAAAAUCAUUUGAGAAUAUGGAACGUAGCAAAUUCGAGGACGGGCCAGAAUUCCAGAAUCUUCUGAGGAACGUCAGCAGACGGCUUGGUUUUCUAUACAAUAUUUCCUCUGAUGUAAUCAAUACUAUAUACGACGCGUGUCGAUACCAGAAGGCUUGGUCUGUCACCGAACUUUCACCUUGGUGCGCUGUCUUUAGCAAGGAGGAACUCCGUAUUCUUGAAUAUAGAGAAGACCUCGACUACUACUACAAGGCGGGUUAUGGACGAGAUAUUAACACUCGAUUGGGUUGCCCUCUCUUGCAUGACAUGAUGCGACACUUCCGGAAUUUAGCGGGUGACGAGAUGACGGAUGAACCUGCGGGUAUUUUCUACUUCAGUGACAUCGUCAGUCUGCAAAAUCUUCUAACUACGGUAGGCAUAAAUCAGGAUCAGACACAUCUGACAGCUCACAACUACAAGAAUAUGGCUGGACGUCAAUGGCGUACAUCCAUGAUAUCGCCUUUUGCCGCGAAUCUCAUUGCAGUAUUUUACAGAUGCAACGAAAGCAAUGGCCAUAAUAAAGUGAUGUUCUAUCUGGCGGAGAAACCGAUACGGUAUCCCGGCUGUCAAGUGGGUCUCUGUGAUUGGGAGUUCCUGAAAAGCAAGUUCGGUCAGCUGGCGUCCAAUUGCAAGCUGGACGUCUGCUGGAAGACAAGCGGAGCAACUUCCAGCUCUUCGAAAUCAUUCGUCAUUCUAUUAGUAUGCUCCAUUCUAGUCCGUCUCGGCUAUCGACAAUUGUAACAGGCUUAGUUUUUACUUCAAAUACUGAGCAUUAAAUUUUAAAAUACUAAAUACGAAUCGUAGAUCUGUACAUCUUCAAAGGUCUUAAUAUUCAUAGAAGACUUUCCUUGACAUAUCAUAAAUAAAGCGAAAAAAUUAAGACGUUA